GCUGAGUGAGACAACACCGUCUCCCUGCCUGACUCCUCACAUCACAGUGGGCUUCUAUAUAAGCUGCAAGAAAGCCUUUCUGACUAGACAUGUAAGAUCUGUAAAUAGAAGAAAGGAGUGAAGAAAAAAAGGCGUCAAAGAAAAGAAAAUAAGCUGAUUUGCACUUGAACUGAGGUGACAUCACACAGGGAUAUAUUCGAAGUAUCUACAAUUUUACACAUCUGCACAGGUUGGCCUCCAGAGACAUGGAUAUCAUCAUGGAAGGGGAUUUCAAUGUGACGGGUAACACCAGCUAUAACACAGAACAAGAAACACAAGAAGGAAGCAAAAGACUCAACCACAGUGACCCCCUGGACAUGUUUGUAGGCAUGGAGCUUCUUCUACGUUUCAAACCUCUCUUCCUGCCUCUCUACUGUCUUGUAGUGGUCGUGGCUGGUGUUGGAAACUCCUUCCUGUUGGCUUGCAUCUUGUCUGACAAGAAACUCCACAAUGCCACCAACUUUUUCAUCGGUAACUUAGCAGCUGGAGACCUGCUGAUGUGUUUGAGUUGUGUUCCGCUGACUGUGUCCUAUGCCUUUGACAGCCGUGGCUGGGCUUUUGGGAGACCCCUCUGCCACUUGGUCCCCUUGCUGCAAUGUGCCACAGUAUUUGCAUCAGUGCUUUCACUCACUGCCAUUGCUGUGGAUCGCUACAUUGUUGUAGCUCACCCAAUUCGGAGAAGGAUCUCUGCAUGGGGUUGUGGUGCAGUGGCUCUGGGUGUCUGGCUUUUAUCUCUGGCCCUGGCUGCACCUCCUUCUCUCUACACACGCUAUCUGGACCUGCGACCCAAUGGCAUCAACCUGAUAGUGUGUGAGGAAUUCUGGCCACAUAGUGGCAAUCUGCGGGUGCUCUAUUCUUGCUUCAUUCUCAUAGCCUCUUAUAUGAUCCCGCUGCUGUCGGUCAGCGUAUCCUACUGUGCCAUCACUGUCAGCCUAAAACGCUAUUCAGUACCUGGGGAGCCCUCCAACAGCCAGCAGCUCUGGAGCCAAAGGAGGAGGAGGACCUUCUCUCUACUGGUGGCCUCAGUGCUAGCUUUCGCCCUGUGUUGGCUGCCCCUGCAGGUGUUGAACCUGUUGCUGGACCUGGACCAAGACUUCCACAUCAUAGGGAAGCGCCACAUAAAUGUCUUACAAGUCUGCUGUCAUUUAGUGGCUAUGAGCUCUGCAUGCUACAACCCCUUCAUCUAUGCCUCACUGCACAGCAAGGUGCGCAUGCACCUGAAAGGCUACUUCUGUCCUUGUCGCAGUCGUCAGAGGGGGACAAAGGAAAGGGCAUCAUCCAGUGGCGGAGUGGCAAUCGGGAGAGUCGGGACUUUCCCCGGUGGGCCGGUAGUGUUUCGAGGCCGUGAGGGCCAGUCUGAUAAUAGUUAUACAUUGCCCCCCCGAGGGCCGGUGGCCUACGAAAUUUCCCGGUAGAUGUUUUCCGCCGCUAGCGUCAUCUGGGAGCGGAUUUUAGACCAUGACAUCUGUAGCAGCACCUGACAUCCAGAGCCCUGUCCUUACCCACAAGUUAACACCUGCACCCCUAACACCACUGUUAAUGUAUGAGGUGUCGAGGAGAAAAUUAGGGAAAUGUUUAAUAUCCAUUAAAACCAGAUUUUUUUCAUGCUUUUCCAGCAUUUUGUGUCUUCAAGACAUUUGGUCCUCUCUUGUACAGUGUCACCAGAGGAAGUGUUAAAUAAGGCCACUUAUGACAAACAGGCGAAGAAGCAGAUCCAGACCAGACUGUAGUUUAGUAUGAUGAAGAAGAAGAUUGAGCCAUCCACUGGGAUCCCUAUGUUUUUCUUGGACAGCCAAGCUGCCUUGCAUGGACACUUAGCAGAUCCUGCAGCUUUAAAAAGGCCAGCAGUGGCAUAAAUACAUCCUCAGGCUGAGGGCUUCUGUGGCAGACAUGCUGGAGGCUGAGAUCAGGGGUGGCUACACUGGGCCUGGUUAUACUUUAAAGGUAAACGCUUGACUUCUGAGAGCUGACCGAACAAUGAACUCUUUUCACCAGACAUAGAUUACAGACCCAGAGGAGGACAUGUGCAAAAGAAGAAGAAAAAAAAAGUUAUUGUUUUAUUUACUCACUGGUACUGAAUGUCUGUGCUUCAAAUAUUAGUUAUGUAUCUCUUGUAUUGCAUAUCACCUACAUUAUGUUAGAUGUAUUAUGUUGAAAUACACAUUGUCUGCUAUUUUAGUGUCAUUAUGUGAUAGUUAGUCCCUAUGGUCUGGCUCCACUGUCAAACUGUUUGCUACUAGUGAACUGUUUUAAUUUCCUGAUGACACAAAGUCUCUGUGCUUUGUCCCUGUCUGAAAAAAAGGACUGACACAAUGAUCAACUUAAUAUUCAGAGCAUGAACAAUAAGCAUCACUGUGCUACCGCCAUUGCUGUUAAGUUCCCAUCAGGUAUGAUUAGUGCUAUCUUAAUGCUUUCUUUGUUUGGAUAAAGCCUGGGUAUCAAGU